AUGUUCCUGUGCAAAUUUCUACUUUUCUCAGUAUGGUUUUGCUUUGUGCAAGCAUAUCCAGCGAACACCGACCAAGUGCUGUCAAAAUCGGAUGACUCAAAUAAAUAUAACGAAAAAAUAUCGGAUAUUUUCGAUAUACCCAACUAUGCCACAAACGAACCGACGAUUAUAACAAAUUGUGAUAAUGUUAUUUGCAUUUCCUAUUCGUUGUGCAUCAAUGAUAAAGUGGUGAACAACGGUAGUCAAUUGUUUGAUUGGCGACUAUCACCCCGAACUACAGGGAGAAUUCCAGGCGAAUUAGUGGAGUGUGAUGACAUGGAGGUGCCGUGUUGUGCGGAUAAAGCAAUAAAAGAUUUGCAUCCGCCAGCACCAGACCAUGACCACAAUGAAUACAAUUCAACCGAAGACCACGAAGAGGGCGACAAUAAAUUUGUGAAAUCCACCCAAAAAUGUGGUUAUAGCAAAUUCACAUCCAGUCAAAAAACCAGCGCUGAGCAAAUGCGACCGAAUGAAUCCCCGUGGAUGGUUGCAAUAUUUUUUCUAUUGCCAACGGGUAAACUACAAUAUCUUGGUAGUGGUUCAUUGAUUCAUGAGUCUGUGAUUUUAACGGUGGCUCAUUUGCUGCUUAAAUUUACACCUGAACAAUUGGUGAUUCGUGCCG